GCCAGCUUGGCCGCUCGCGCAAUACAACAACCUCUCAGGCUGCUAGCAAAAUGUUGACCGGACUGGACUUUAUCCUCGACAACUUUGAAAUAAAUUGCCAUUUAAUACAGCAUAUUCGUUUUGUUUAGUUUUUAUUUUAUUUUUAAAACAAGCAGAAGGUUUAUUCUUUGACUCGGCGCAGAAGCAUGGCUCCAAUGCUGGAUGACCCCCGGAAACUGUUCCUCCUCACCACAGUGGGAAAUUAUUUCAGCAUGAAGCCCUCACCUACCCUCGCCACCUGCAUGCAGAUUAACAACUUCCUGGACGAUGCAAAUGAGUUCCUGUUAGCUGCAAGUGUGGAUGGGGACGAGAUCCACUUCUCCAACAGGAUGGACAGUGGGCAGUGUGAGACGCGAUUGCUGGUGUUCUUUAAGCUGCGUCCAUGUGUGAUUACGGAGGAGAACAUCAGCAACAUGGUGUUAGUUUCCUCCAUGUUGGAAUCUCCCAUCAGCACCCUGUACCAGACCAUUAGGACAGUGUUUAAUCCUGCAUUACAUCAGGAUGAGAAAUGGAGUCAGGCCUUUGAUCCUCGGCUGCAGUCUUUGCUCAGUGAGCUGGAGGCCGGUCUGGGGUCUGUGCUUCGACACACACAUCCAAAGAAUUCUGGGAAAAAGACUCUUUCAGAGGAGGAUGUUCUUGGGAUGGUGACUCCAUGUGAUGAGUUUCAGUACUGGGCUGAAGUGAGUCGCUCAGCAGAGAGGAGCAGUGCGAGAGAGAGAGCCAAGCACUUUUCUCAGCUGUUCAAACCCAUAGAGAAGGAGUACAGUACUCUGGACAGUGCGAGUCUGACAGAGGUGUUGGAGCUGAUUGAACACACUCGAGAUGUGUUAGAUGAUGUGUGGAAGCAGGUGGAACAUACAUCCUACUCUGAAACACGCAUGCGCAGACUCAUGGAUGUGACAGGCUUCUCUCUGGCUCGGUUCGUGCAGAAGAAGCUGUGUGUGCUGCGUCUGUGGGAGGAGCCAUACUCCAGCAUGAGAGAGAGUCUCAAAAUGGGCGUGGCUGUGUGUGAGCAAUGGGCGGCGGCAUGCGAACACCUGAGCAGUCAGGUGUGGAAACGCUACUCACCUCACCCAUGGAGUGGAGAUAAGCACCGCCCACUCGGCCUGCACGACCUCACACACCGACUGCGGGAGGUGCUGCAGGUGCGUACAGUGCAAGAGAAGCUUCAGCGGUUGGUGUUUGGAGCGCAGCAGCAACAGAUUUCUGCCUCCAUAGUGUUUGAGCCUUUCACUGGGCUCAACCCUGUACUGUACAACCCUUACACUGAGCCUUUAUGGAGAGCUGCUGUGUCUCAGUUUGAGAGAUUGAUCGCCCCGGCUGAACAGGAAGUAGCAGGACGACUGAAGACUUUCAUCAGAGAUGUGCAGGACAGCCCACAGCAGUUGCUGCUCGUGUUCCAGAAGCACAAAGAGCUCAUUAAACGUUCGACAGUGAGCAAAGAGCUCCAGCCAGAGAGAGAGACACUGCUCACACGAUUACUCGACUACUGCAGAGGGCUGCGUGCUGAUUUUGAAGGCCGAUGCCACGGUGUUCCAGGAGAGAAAACCGGGCCUUUGGCAGGCAGGAACCUUCCUGAGGUCGUUAACAACAUAGUGUGGGUCAGACAGUUGCUCAUGAAGGUCGAAGACUCUUUAAAGAUGGCAGAGGCGUUGUUAUUUGACCUGCCAGGCUUCCAUGCAUUUGUGCGGUUCUCUGAUGAGGUUCUCGAGCAGCUGAGGUCAUACGAACAGGAGCAGUUCGAUGACUGGACAAGAGACUUAAUCUCUGGACUAUCAGACCCCAAAUCAGGAAUCAGUUUGCAGGCCAGUAAUCGGGUGAUGGAGCUGGAUCAUGUGGACGGGAAGCUAAAGGUUCAGUACUCUGAGCGUUUGGUGAGUUUAGUGAAGGAAGUGAGACAGCUAUCUGCUCUCGGCUUCACCGUUCCAGCCAAGAUCCAACAGGCAGCUACCAUUGCUGAGAAGUUCCACAGACAGGCUCUCGUACUGAAACAGGUGGCUCAUUUCUACAACACAAUAGACCAACAGAUGAUUCCAUCCCAAAAACCAAUGAUGCUGAAUUACGCUCUGGCCUUUGAGCAGGUUAUUAAGAGUCCUCGUGCAGUGUCGGAGGACGGAGGAGGAAAACUGCAGAUAACGUGGGAGAACCCAAAAGAGUUGGAGAUUUACAUAAACAAGCUUCAGAAUGCCGCAGAGAAGCUCUCCACUCAGAACAGGAAGCUCCGCAAGUGGCACACUGACUUCACUGACAAGGUGGUGAUGUUGAUGGGUGUAGAUCUCCUGCGGCAGCAGCAGCGGUGGAAGGAAGGACUGCAGGAGCUCAGAGCUGGAUUUGCUACUAUCGAGUCCCAGGGUGUGCGAGUGAGUGAUAUGCACGCAUGGAGACAACACUGGAAUCAUCAGUUGUAUAAAGCCCUGGAGUUUCAGUACCAGUGCGGACUGGAGGCACUCAACAAGAACCUUGCGGAAAUACACAUAGACCUCGUCUUUAAGCAGGGCCGUGUGCAGUUCCGGCCAGUGUGUGAGGAGCUGCGUGUGAAGUACUAUAGAGAGUUGAAGCGCUUCAUCAGCAUCCCCAAUCAGUUCAGAGGAGUGUAUGAGAGUGACAAGGGGGCGGAGCCUAUAUUCACCGCCAUGAUCGACAACAACUCCCGAGCCUUCAUCACCAUCUACAGCAACGCUGAGCUGCUGUUCAGCAGACUGCAGCAAGUACAGGACAAAUUCAAGGAGUGGGUGGUGUUGGGACAAGUGGAUAUGGAGGUUCUGGUGGAGAAACACCUUCACACGGUACAGGACUGGGAAAGAAACUUCAGAGCCCUCAAAGUAAAAGGGAAAGAGGCUGAACGUCUUCCCAGUGUGGAGAAGGUGGACUGCUUCACGGUGAACUGUGAGCCAGUGAAAGCUGCGAUUGAUGAUUUGAUCCAGAAACUAUUUGACACACUGCUGACAGCUCUGAGGAAAUCCAUCCAGGGUCACAUACAGGCCGUAGACUCAUUUGUUAGCAGUGGGAUGGCUAUGUUAUCGACACGACCAGAGAGCAUCGAGGAAAUUGGAGAAGCCAACUCCAAACACAGCCAACUCCAGGCCCAGAAACCUGAGGUUCUGCCUCAGUUCCAGCAGAUGGAGGAGAAGAACAGGCUUCUGCGCUCGGUUGCUGGAGGAGGUGUUGACUCAAUCAGCUCGCUCAGAGCAAAGUGGGACAAAUUCGAGCUGAUGAUGGAGAGUCAUCAGCUGAUGAUCAGAGAGCAGGUGGAGGUGAUGAAGAGCAGUGUGUCAGGCCGGGUCAGCGUGUACCUACAGGAGCUGCAGAAGUUCCGAUCUCGUUGGGAUCAGCUCCGACCCGCCGAUGAUGUCAUCGAGUCAUGUGACCCUGAAGCCUUGCAGCACUGUGUGGAGCGAGUCAGGGAGAAGAGAGAGGAGUUUAAUGAGCUCGAGAACACACGCACGAAACUGCUGGAGGACUGUGAGCACUUUGGGCUGGAUGUUCCAGACAUGUCUCUUGCAUUGGACACACUACACGACCUGCAGCGGUGUUCAGACAUGUGGAGCCUGUAUGAAGAGUUUCAAAACACAUUAAACGCCAGUGCGCAGCAGGACUGGAUCACAUUCAGGAGCAGGACAAAUGAGUUUGAGGAGUUUGUGUUCAUGUGGCACGAUCGCCUGAGGAAGCAGGAGGAACACAACACCAUGACAGUGAUGCUGCAGAAAGAAGUGGACAAGUACAAGGCUCUGCUUCCUGUUCUGAAGUAUGUGAGAGGUGAUCAGCUGUCUCAAGAUCACUGGCUGGAUCUGUUCAGACUGCUCAGCCUCCCCAAAGGAACCACACUGGAGAGACUCCUGUUCAGAGACCUGCUGGCUGUCUCACAGACCAUCAUAGAUAAAGCCCUGGAGCUUAAGGACCUGAACAGCCGUGCUCAUGCGGAGGUGAGUAUCCGGGAGGCUCUGCGUGAGGUGGAGCUGUGGGCUGCUGGAGCGAGUUUCUGUCUCACGGAGUACACCAACACCACCGGCACUCACAUCAGCCUCAUUCGCGAGUGGAGAGACGUCAUGAAUCAGGUUGGAGAUAACCGGUGCCUACUGCAGUCUCUGAAGGACUCGCCGUAUUACCAGCGCUUCCACGAUAAGGUGUCUCUGUGGGAGACUCGUCUCGCUGACCUUGAUGACUUCCUGCAGAGCCUUAACAGCAUCCAGAGGAAGUGGCUCUACCUCGAGCCCAUAUUCGGGCGUGGCGCACUGCCACGAGAACAGGCUCGUUUUCAAAGAGUGGACCAGGACUUCAGGGCCAUAAUGUCGGAUGUGCAGAGAGACAGCAGAGUGGCGUCUUUAACCUCGCGAGCAGGAAUGAGAAACUGUCUGAACACACUGCAGGAUCAGCUACAGCGCUGUCAGAAAUCCCUCAACGAUUUUCUUGAGGAGAAACGUUCUGCAUUUCCUCGUUUCUAUUUCAUCGGCGAUGACGACCUGCUGGAGAUCCUGGGACAAGCGACAAAUCCCACUGUCAUCCAGACACACCUGAAGAAGCUGUUUGCAGGAAUCCAUAGUGUGGACUUUGACUCGAGCUGCAGCAAAAUCACAGCCAUGAAGUCACUAGAAGGAGAGACGGUCCCUCUGAGGAACACAAUCACCAUCUCUAAUGAUGUGGAGGUGUGGCUCAGUGAACUGUCCUCAGAAAUGAAGGAGACGUUGAAGUUCCUGCUGUGCGAGUGUGUGAAAGCAGUGAAGGGAGGUGGCGUCGACCCCAACCGCUUCCCCUCUCAGAUCCUGUGCCUGGCUGAACAGAUCCAGUUUACAGCAGAUACAGAAACCGCCAUCCGUGAGCAGAACCUGCACCAAAUGGAGCUCGAGCUCACGGCUAAACUGGAGCACUACACCGACACAAACGCUCACAUCGAGUCUGCAGAGUCCAGUGUGUUACAGUUGAAGCUGAAAGCUCUGAUCCUGGAUGUGAUCCACAACCUGUCGGUGGUGCGGGAGCUGCUGGAGGUUCAGGUUCACAGCACAGACGACUGGGUGUGGCAGAAACAGCUGCGUUUUUACCUGGACACAGCUCAGCACUGCACUGUUCACAUGGUGGACACAGUGUUCAACUACACCUACGAGUACCAGGGUAACGCCCCGAAGCUAGUGCACACUCCUCUGACGGAUAAGUGCUACCUCACGCUGACUCAGGCUAUGAGGAUGGGUUUGGGAGGAAACCCAUAUGGACCAGCAGGAACGGGCAAGACCGAGUCUGUUAAAGCACUGGGAGGACUGCUGGGCAGACAGGUGCUGGUGUUCAACUGUGAUGAGGGCAUCGAUGUGAAGUCUAUGGGCCGUAUCUUUGUGGGGUUGAUAAAGUGCGGAGCUUGGGGCUGCUUCGAUGAGUUCAAUCGUCUGGAGGAAGCUGUGCUGUCUGCCGUGUCCAUGCAGAUCCAGACCAUUCAGGACUCUCUGAGACAGCAUAGAGACACAUGUCACCUCCUGGGCAAAGAGGUGGAGCUGGACCCAAACUCCGGUGUGUUCAUCACUCUGAACCCCGCUGGUAAAGGUUACGGAGGAAGACAGAAGCUUCCAGACAAUCUGAAGCAACUUUUCCGCCCUGUUGCCAUGACGACCCCCGAUAACGAGCUCAUUGCUGAGGUCAUCCUCUACUCUGAGGGAUUCAAACAGGGGAAAGAGCUAGCGCGCAAACUCACUGCUGUGUUCACCCUGGCCAGGGAGUUGUUGACCCCUCAGCAGCACUAUGACUGGGGGCUGCGUGCUCUGAAGACGGUGCUGAAAGGCUGUGGGAAUUUAUUACAGCUACAGAGGAAACAACACACACAAGUGAGUGAGAGUGUGUUAGUGGUGCAGGCUCUCAGGUUGAACACACUCUCAAAGCUGACGUUCUCCGACAGCGCUCGGUUCGAUGCCCUGCUUAAAGACGUCUUUCCUGCAGUCGACUUCAACGAAGUGCACUACGAAGAGCUAAAGGCUGCUCUGCUUGGCGCUUAUGAAGAAGCACAGCUUCAGGUCAUACCUAGCCAGGUGAGGAAGGCUCUGGAGCUGUAUGAACAGAUGAGGCAGCGGAUGGGCGUGGUCAUGGUUGGUCCAAGCGGCUGCGGGAAGUCGACCGUGUGGCGUUUGCUGCGUGCCGCGCUGAAGCGUCUUGGCCUCACGGUGCAGCACCACACCGUCAACCCUAAAGCGCUGAGCCGACAGCAGCUGCUGGGACACAUGGACAUGGACACGCGCGAGUGGAGCGACGGAGUCAUCACCGCUGCUUCCAGACACGUCAUUCGGGAACCUCAAGAGGUGAGUUCGUGGAUCGUGUGCGAUGGUGAUAUUGACCCAGAGUGGGUGGAGUCCCUGAACUCGGUUCUGGACGACAACCGUUUGCUGACGAUGCCGAGCGGAGAGCGUAUUCAGUUCGGCCCAAACGUCAACUUCCUGUUCGAGACCCAUGACCUGAGCUGUGCUUCCCCUGCCACCAUCUCCCGCAUGGGCAUCAUUUUCCUCAGUGAUGAGGACACUGAUGUGAGCGCUCUGCUGAAAGCAUGGUUAAGGAGAGAACAGGUAGAGAACAGGGACAAUCUGGAGGUCUGGAUUAAUGAUUACUUCCAGCGAGCACUCAACUGGGUGUUCACACAGGGGGAGUGUGUGGUAGAGACUAGUCUGGUAGGGGCUGUCCUGAAUGGUUUGUCCCACCUGAGGGGGGUGAGUGAGCGGGGGGAGUUCAUAGUGGGGUUGAUCCGCGGACUCGGAGGAAAUCUUCAGCUCAAAUCGCGUCAGGAGUUCACCAAGCAGGUGCUAAGCUGGGCAGGUGAGAUCCCUCCUGAUCCACGGAACCCUCUGAAUCUGUACUACGAUUGUGACUCUGGCCGUGUGUGUGUGUACGAGCUGCAGCAUAGUGACGGAGUGUGUGUGGAGGACUUCAGCAGUACGCACACACUCCCGGUCAUACACACUCCACACACGCAGCACGCGCUACACAACUUCACACACUGGCUCCAGUCUGGACACAUACAGCCGUUCCUGCUGGUUGGGCCAGAAGGCUGUGGCAAGGGGAUGUUGUUGCGUUAUGCGUUUUCCAGGCUGCGUUCCACUCAGGUGGCAGUGGUUCACUGCAGCGCUCAGACAACAUCACGGCACGUCCUGCAGAAACUCACUCACACGUGUGUGUGCAUCAGCUCCAACACACACCGCGUGUAUCGACCACGUGAUUGCGAGCGGCUCGUCCUCUACCUCAAGGAUAUCAACCUCCCCAAACCGGACAAAUGGGGGACCAGCAACCUGAUCGCCUUCCUGCAACAGGUGUUGACGUAUCAGGGCUUUUAUGACGAAAGUCUUGAGUGGGUCGGGUUGGAGAACAUUCAGAUCAUUUGUUCUAUGUCAGUUGGAGGCGCCAUGGGACGCCACACACUCACCUCACGCUUCACCUCUAUAGUGCGCAUCUGCACCAUUGAUUAUCCUGAUAGAGAGCAACUGCAGACGAUCUAUAGCGCAUACCUUUUACCUGUGUUGCAAAGAACUCUGGGUAAUCAUCCCACCUGGAGUUCUGUCGGGAAGAUUCAUCAGCUCGCCGGCUCAUUGGUCCAGAUCUAUGAGCAGGUGAAGGCUAAGUUCACUGUAGAUGACUACAGUCACUACCUGUUCACUCCGUGUGUUUUGACUCAGUGGGUGCUGAACUUGCUCAGAUACGACCUGAGUGCAGGUAAAUGGCUUACUCCUGCAGACUCUGUGUUGGAGGUGGUAGCGUACGAGGCUCACCGACUCUUCAGAGACAAACUCGUCUCAGAUAAAGACUUGCAUGCAUUUGACAACAUCCUCAGCUCUGUCAUUCGAGGAGAUUGGGGCUCUGAUGUGCUGGACACUGUGUCUGGUAACACACACACACACACACACACACACACACACACACACACACACACACACACAAAGCACAUUUAUUUAUGUGUGGGUUUGUCUUGUCUGCCAGACACAUUUUUUGUGACAUGGGGUGCAAGUCGUGAUGGGCGUGGUCACGGCAAGCCCCUCCCACUGUAUGGGAAGCCGCUUGGCCGACUCAACUCCAGUGACCUCACGGAUGUCGUCCGCAAGGGAGUUCUUCAGUAUGAACGUGAGAAUCGGGAGUUGGACUUGCUGAUUUUCCCGGAGGUGUUAGACUUCAUGUGUCGUGUCGAUCGGGUUCUGUCUGCUCCCUCCGGAUGUGUGUUGCUGGCGGGCCGGAGCGGUGUGGGUCGACGCACUGCCGUGUAUUUGGUCACACACAUGCACCGUGCCACGCUUUACACACCCAGGAUCAGCCGCUCAUACACACUCAAACACUUUAGGAGCGACCUUAAAACCGUCAUGCAGAUGGCAGGUGUAGAAGGGCAGCAGACAGUACUGUUGUUGGAGGAUCAUCAGUUUGUACAUCCCUCUUUCCUUGAGAUGGUCAACAGUCUGCUCUCUUCAGGUGAAGUUCCCGGGCUGUACUCUACAGAAGAGCUGGAGCCGUUACUGUCAUCGCUGAAGGAUCAGGCAGCACAAGACGGAUUCACAGGACCCCUCUUUAACUAUUACACACAUCGUGUACAGCAGAACCUCCAUGUGGUGCUGAUCAUGGACUGUACCAAUGAAAACUUUACCAUCAACUGUGAGAGCAACCCAGCGCUCUACAGGAAGUGCAGUGUGCAGUGGCUGGAGAGAUGGAGAGACAGCAGCAUGAAGAAGAUUCCUGAGAUGUUUCUAUCCGAAAUAGACGAGGAGAAGAGCUCAGAAAAAAAAGCUAAGAAGCACAAAACAGACUUCUUCCACUCGUUUCUGAUGAUCCACGAGUCGUGUCGCGAUUACGGAGCGACGCCUAACCGAUACCUGUGCUUUCUCAAGGUGUAUCAGUCCAUUUACAGCACGAAGAAAAGAGAGCUCACACAGAGACAGCAGCACCUGCAGGCGGGUGUAGCUAAGCUAAACGAAGCAAAGUCAUUGGUUGAUGAGCUGAAGAGGUGUGCUGCUGAGCAGAGCAUGUUACUGAAAACCAAACAGGCCGAGGCAGAUGCAGCGCUGCAGGAGAUCACCACAUCCAUGCAGAAUGCGAGUGAUCAGAAGACAGAGAUGGAAAAGCUGAAGGGAAGGAUGGCUCAGGAAGUGGCCAAAAUAGAGGAGCGAAAAGAGAAGAUCGAUGACGAACUGAAAGAAGUCCAGCCCCUGGUUGAAGAGGCGAAGCAGGCUGUUGGAAACAUCAAACCGGAGUCUCUGUCUGAGAUUCGCUCGCUGCGAAUGCCGCCGGAUGUCAUCAGGGACAUUCUGGAGGGAGUGCUGAGGCUCAUGGGAAUAUUCGACACCUCCUGGGUCAGCAUGAAGAGUUUCUUGGCUAAGCGUGGAGUGAGAGAGGACAUCGUGACGUUCGACGCCCGAAACAUCACGCAUGAGAUCCGGGAGAGCGUGGAAGAGUUACUGCACAGGAACAGGGCCUCGUUUGAUCCAAAGAAUGCAAAGCGUGCGAGUGCAGCAGCUGCUCCGUUAGCCGCAUGGGUGAAAGCAAAUGUCCAGUACUCUCAUGUCCUGGAGAAGAUACAGCCACUGGAGACUGAGCAAGCAGGACUGAUGGAGAACCUGCGUAAGACCGAGAGUCGGAUGAAUAAAGUGGAGGCUCAACUCAACUCCGUUGGAGAAAGAGUGGCAGAGCUGAAGGACAAGUUUCAGUGUCGAACCAGUGAAGCCGCAAAACUAGAAGCCGAUGUGAGCAGAGCUCAGGAAACCAUAAGGGCUGCGGAGAAGCUCAUCCACCAGCUGGAUGGAGAACACACUCGCUGGAGCACACAGGUGGAUGAGAUUAGCGAGGAGCUGAAAACUCUUCCUAAGCGUGUGCAGCUGGCAGCAGCGUUCAUCACGUACCUGUCUGCCACACCUGAGGAUCAGCGCAGAGCCACAUUACACAGCUGGAUGGAGCAUGCAGGACUGCAGAAGUUUGAUUUACGUCACUUCCUGUGCUCCGAGAGCGAACAGCUGAUCUGGAAGAGUGAAGGACUGCCAUCUGACGAUCUGUCCAUAGAGAACGCCCUCGUUAUCCUGCAGAGUGUGGCUUGUCCGUUUCUGAUAGACCCUUCCUCUCGAGCCACAGAAUGGUUACGCACCCACCUUAAAGCACAUCGGUUAGAGGUCAUCAACCAACAGGACUCUAAUUUCAUGACAUCAUUGGAGUUGGCUGUGCGCUUCGGAAAAACGUUGAUAAUUCAGGAAGUGGAUGGCGUCGAACCAGUGCUUUACCCUCUACUGCGCAGAGACCUGAUUGCACAAGGUCCUCGUUAUGUGGUGCAGAUCGGGGAGAAAGUCGUCGACUAUAAUGAGGAUUUCAGACUGUUUCUGGCAACCCGCAACCCCAGUCCGGUCAUCCCCCCUGAUGCUGCUUCUAUUAUAACCGAAGUGAAUUUUACCACCACCAGAGCAGGACUACGUGGGCAGCUGUUGGCAUUGACCAUCCAGCAUGAGAAACCAGAACUGGAGAGAGAGAAAACCCGACUGUUGCAGCAGGAGGAGGAGAAGAAGAUUCAGCUUGCCCUCCUGGAGGAUUCGCUGCUACAGACUCUGGCCACAGCUCAGGGAAACAUUUUGGAGAAUAAGGAGCUGAUUGAGUCUCUGAAUCAGACAAAGGCAAGCAGCGCUCUCAUACACACCGCUCUCACAGAGUCACACAGACUCCAGGCCUCGCUCGACCAGGAGAGAGAUGCCUAUUUGCCAUUAGCUGAAAGUGCCAGUAAGAUGUAUUUUGUCAUCAUGGAUUUAUCGCAUGUGAAUAGCAUGUACCGCUUUAGCCUGGCCUCCUUCAUCGGAAUCUUCCACAGAGCACUACAGACUCAGCAGGAGAGUGACAGCACUGAGGCGAGGAUCGCAGCACUGGAGGAGUCUCUGAAGAGCAUGGUGUACGAAUAUGUUUGCCGCUCGCUCUUUAAGGUGGAUCAGCUGAUGUUUGCACUGCACUUUGUGAAGGGGAUGCAGCCAGAACUCUUCCAGGAAAACGAAUGGGAUGCGUUCACUGGACUGAUAGUCGCAGACACGGUCAGGAAGAUGGACUCCCAGAAGUCUUUGCAGGAACACAUUCCAUCCUGGAUUGAUCAGGAGAGACACACUGCUGUGGCUUUACUCAAGAGUACGUUCCCGGUGCUGUAUCAGUCCCUGUGUCUGAGUGACGCAGAUCUCUGGCUCUCAUUUUCACAAAGCUCCAUCUGCGAACAGGAAAUCCCUUCUUCCAUCGCCAAGAAGCUCUCUCUCUUCCAGCAGGUACUGGUGGUCCAGGCUCUCAGGCCAGACAGACUGCAGAGCGCCAUGGCCAACUUCGCCUCACACACACUGGGAAUGAAGGAACUGUCUCCUCCUCCGUUAAACCUGAGGCGGCUCUAUGGCGAGACAGUAGAGACGGAACCGGUACUGAUCAUCAUUUCCCCCGGAGCCGACCCGUCUCAGGAGCUGCAGGAACUCGCCAAUCACACUGUCGGACUCGAGCGUUACCACGAGGUGGCCAUGGGGCAGGGCCAGGCCGAUGUGGCUCUGCAGGUUCUCAGAGAGUGUGUGUGUAACGGCGAGUGGCUCUGCCUGAAGAAUCUGCACCUUGUCACUCAGUGGCUCCCCCUGCUGGAGAAGGAACUGAACAAUAUGCAGCCUAAAGCAGGAUUCAGACUCUGGCUUACUGCCGAGGUUCAUCCCAAGUUCACUCCUAUCUUACUGCAGUCCAGCCUCAAGAUCACCUAUGAGGCUCCCCCUGGUCUGAAGAAGAACCUGCUGAGAACGUACGAGUCAUGGAGCUCGGAGCAGAUCAGUAAAGGAGGAAACACUGCGCGUGCUCAGUCGCUCUUCUGCCUUGCUUGGUUUCAUGCUGUGUGUCAAGAGAGACGCAACUACAUCCCUCAGGGAUGGACUAAGUUCUAUGAGUUCUCCCUGUCUGAUUUAAGAGCAGGAUUUGACAUCAUUGACCGGCUGUUCGAAGGAGGUAAGGCGUUUCAGUGGGACUGCUUGCACGGUUUGUUAGAAAGUGUGAUUUACGGUGGACGUGUGGAUAACGUGUGUGACCUCAGAGUGCUGCGCUCGUACCUGCACCAGUUCUUCAGCAGCAAGACCUUCACACGCUUACACACACGGACUGCUUCGGCUUUUCCACCUCAGAUCAACCUGCCCAACUCCUGCAGCAUAGCAGAUUAUCAGCGUGUGGUGGACAGUCUCCCAGAGGAUGAUAAGCCAAGUUUUUUUGGACUUCCUGCCAACAUCGAGCGUUCUGCUCAACGCAUCACCAGCACACAGGUGAUCUCUCAGCUAAGGAUUUUGAGCAGAUCAGUGACUGCAGGGUCAAAAUUCGACCGAGAGCUGUGGGCGACUGGCCUCUCACCUGUACUCAACUUGUGGAAGAGACUGAAUCAGGGGUCGUCUCUAAUCCAGCAGAAGCUGGCUCCACCCACCGAGGGCGCUGGCUCCCCUGUGCUCGCAUUCGUCCUGUUGGAGCAGUUCAGCGCUGUCCGAUUGGUCCAGAGCAUCCACCAAUCACUGGCCUCGCUCAGUAAGGUGAUCCGUGGAACCUGCCUGCUGACGGCCAGCACCCACAAACUCGCCACCGCCCUGCUCAACCAGGAGUGUCCUCUGAGUUGGCAGAGUAAGUGGGAGGGGCCUGAUGACCCCAUGCAUUAUCUCAGAGCUGUGGUGAGCAGAGCCCUCGCCGUGCAGAACUGGGUAGAGAGGGUGGAGAGGAACGCACUGCUGAGUGACACCUUGGACCUUUCAGACCUCUUCCAUCCACAAACCUUCCUUAACGCCCUGAGACAGGAGACUGCCAGAUCUGUGAGCUGCUCUAUGGACAGUCUGAAGUUUGUGGCAUCAUGGAAGGGUCUGAUAGCUGGAGCUAAACUGCAAGUGAAGGUUGGAGGUCUUCAACUAGAAGGCUGUAGCUUUGAUGGGAAUCGGCUGAGUGAGAAUCAUCACAACUCACCCAGUGUGUGUGCCGUUCCUAACUGCCGUAUGGCCUGGAUUCUUCAGAAUAGCCCAGGUUGUUACUCACCAGAGGAGUGUGUGUUGUUACCGGUAUAUGCAAGCGCAGAGCGAGUGUGUGUGGUCACACACAUUGAUGUUCCAUGUGGAGGAAACCAGGAGCAAUGGAUCCAAAGUGGAGCUGCACUAUUCCUCAAACAGCAGUAACACACACACACACACACACACAGAGUACUGCUACAAUAUAAUGUGUUUAAAUAUUUAUGAACUUUAAUACACUGUUUAUAUUGUUGUAAUAAUUAUUCAUUAAAUAAAAUGUUUUUCAAUACAUUUCA